AAACCAUGAAUUACGUCGGGCAGCUGGCGGGCCAGGUGUUUGUCACCGUGAAGGAGCUCUACAAGGGGCUGAACCCUGCCACCUUGUCCGGAUGCAUCGACAUCAUCGUGGUCCGCCAGCCCAACGGGAGCCUGCAGUGCUCGCCCUUCCACGUCCGCUUCGGGAAGAUGGGGGUCCUGCGCUCCCGAGAGAAGGUGGUUGACAUAGAAAUCAACGGGGAAUCAGUGGACUUGCACAUGAAAUUGGGAGAUAAUGGAGAAGCGUUUUUUGUUCAAGAGGCUGACAACGAUCAGGAGGUGAUCCCCAUGCACCUGGCCACCUCCCCGAUCCUGUCGGAAGGAGCCUCGCGGAUGGAGUCCCAGCUGAAAAGGAACUCCGUGGAUCGGAUGAGAAGCCUGGACCCCAACACGUCAGCCCAGGUCUUACCUCCCAGCGAGACCCCUUCAAGUGGCUCUUUAGUGAAGAAGCGAAGGAAGAGGAGGAGGAAGUCGCAGCUGGACAGCCUGAAAAGGGACGACAACAUGAACACGUCCGAGGAUGAAGACAUGUUCCCCAUAGAGAUGAGCUCGGACGAGGAGGCCGAGCCGCUGGACAGCAGUAGAACUCUUUCUAGUGAUAUAUCUCCGUUCCGAGACGAUGUCCCCAAGGAAAACCUUUCCCCAGUCGUGACUUACCCUCAGUCAGCAUCUUACCCUAAUUCCGACAGAGAGUGGUCGCCCAGCGCCAGUAGCCUGGUAGAUUGCAGGAGGUCCCCCCCUCAUCUGGCGGUUGCGGCCGAGGGCGGUCUCUCUAGCUCUUGUCCUCCACAAUCUUCCCACUUCCACGCUUCGGAAAGUCCUUCGGUUUCCCGACCUUCAACACCUAAAAGUGACUCAGAAUUGGUCAGCAAGUCUGUGGACAGGACGCUGCAGAAGAAUAAUCUAGAAAUGCUCUGGCUUUGGGGAGAAUUGCCCCAAGCCGCAAAGUCAUCUCCGCACAAGAUGAAAGAGUCCAGCCCGUUGAACAGUAGAAAACUCUGUGAUGAAAUGCACUUUCAAGCCAUCCACAGUGCGUCUUUAGACGCGUUUAGUGACCAGUCGCCGACACUGGCCAGAGGGUCUCCUGUGCCUCCACCGUUGGAGCAGAACAAGCCGCAGACGGAGAUGCAGUUCAUGAACGAGGAAGACGUGGAGGCCUUAGGAGCGGCAGCCCCGCCUUUACCUACGACCGAAGAGCCCAAAGCCCUCUCUGCCAGCACCGUCCCGGCUGCCAGCAAGACGGAUUCGCCUUCUAGGAAAAAGGACAAACGAAGCAGACACCUGGGUGCCGACGGCGUCUACUUGGAUGACCUCACAGACAUGGAUCCUGAAGUCGCUGCCCUGUAUUUUCCCAAAAACGGAGACCCUUCUGGGCUCACAAAACACGCCAACGACAAUGGGGCCCGCUCAGCCAACCAGUCCCCGCAGUCCGUGGGCAGCUCUGGCGUGGACAGUGGCGUGGAGAGCACCUCGGACGGCCUGAGGGACCUGCCGUCCAUCGCCAUCUCCCUGUGCGGGGGCCUCAGUGACAACAGGGAGAUCACCAAAGAUGCGUUUUUGGAACAAGCCGUGUCAUAUCAGCAGUUUGCGGACAACCCUGCCCUCAUUGACGACCCCAAUCUGGUGGUGAAGAUCGGGAAUAAGUACUAUAACUGGACGACAGCGGCACCUCUGCUCCUGGCGAUGCAGGCCUUCCAGAAGCCGUUGCCAAAGGCCACGGUGGAAUCUAUCAUGAGGGAUAAGAUGCCCAGAAAGGGAGGAAGAUGGUGGUUUUCCUGGAGAGGAAGAAACACCACAAUCAAAGAGGAGAGUAAGCCAGAGCAGUGCCUGGCGGGAAAGAGCCACAGCACCGGGGAGCAGCCCUCGCAGCUGGGCAUGGCCACCAGAGUAAAGCAUGAGUCAUCCUCCAGUGAUGAGGAGCACGCGGCCGCCCAGCCGCCCAGCACAGGCCACCUCCCCCUGCUCUCCAGUGUCAGCUACAAGAAGACCCUGCGCCUCACGUCAGAGCAGCUGAAAAGCCUGAAGUUGAAGAACGGCCCCAAUGACGUGGUGUUCAGCGUCACCACGCAGUACCAGGGCACGUGCCGCUGUGAAGGCACCAUCUACCUGUGGGACUGGGACGACAAGGUCAUCAUCUCCGACAUCGACGGGACCAUCACCAGAUCAGACACUCUUGGCCACAUUUUGCCCACCCUUGGGAAGGAUUGGACCCACCAGGGCAUCGCCAAGCUAUACCAUAAAGUGAGCCAAAACGGAUACAAGUUUCUGUACUGCUCCGCGCGGGCCAUCGGGAUGGCAGACAUGACGCGGGGCUACCUGCACUGGGUCAACGAGCGGGGCACGGUGCUGCCGCAGGGCCCGCUGCUGCUCAGCCCCAGCAGCCUCUUCUCCGCCCUGCACAGAGAAGUGAUCGAAAAGAAGCCAGAGAAGUUUAAAGUCCAGUGUUUGACAGACAUCAAAAACCUGUUUUUUCCAAAUACAGAACCCUUUUAUGCUGCUUUUGGAAACCGACCGGCUGAUGUGUACUCGUACAAGCAAGUGGGAGUGUCUCUGAACAGGAUAUUCACUGUCAAUCCCAAAGGAGAGCUGGUGCAGGAGCACGCGAAGACCAACAUCUCCUCGUACGUGAGACUCUGCGAAGUGGUCGACCACGUUUUCCCCUUGCUGAAAAGGAGCCAUUCUUCCGACUUCCCUUGCUCAGACACGUUCAGUAACUUCACCUUUUGGAGAGAGCCACCGCCACCCUUUGAAAACCAGGAUGUUCAUUCUGCAUCAUCAUAGAACGUUCCAGGCCACCUCCUGACAUCCUGUGAAGACUGGGCGCCCCCCUCCCCUCAUUAAAGGAUAGGUUUGGGGAUGAGCAGUCGUUUACUUAAGAGCAGAGAGAAUCGAGGAGCACGCCUCUCCCCGUCCCCCUCGUCGGGGUUGACAUUUCUAAGCCGCGUGUGAAGGGUGUAUGUCCUGUCCUGGGUGGGGCAUCAAGCGCGUCCCUGUGUGGAGGCUGUGCCCCGUUGUGGCUUCAAGCCCGUUGCCGCGCUGCCCUACCCAGCCCGCUCCAGGCCAGAGCAGUUAGUGGGCAGGAUGGGCUGUGAACCGGGGGUCCCUGGGAUGACGGGAUCCAGGGAGGGGCGCCAGGCGAGCAUGACUCCGGGAGAGUGGGGACACAUUGCUGUGUGGUGGUUCGUGCCAGGUCUGCUGUGCACAGUGGGAGGGCUGUGGAGGGUCCCUUGACCUGAACCCGAGAUCUCGGAAGGGACUCCAAACCUCACCGUUCUGGGCCUUGACCUUGUGGAUGUCCCCUUGCAGUAUUUGCCGACCGGUCUGAUGUUUAGCUGAUAAGUUCUUUAAUUUCUCUGGUUAAAGCGAACCUAUAUAACUGGCAUAUUUCCCCUCAUUUUUGUGGCAAAAGGCUGGAAUAUUUUUGCCUUAAUGCAUCCGUGGCAGACGUUUUGUUUAGAAUGCGCUUUGUCCAGCUCCCUGUAACUCUGCAAUGCCUUAAGUUCGGAUUAUAGGAGAUAUUACUAAGGCCGUAUUUCGAAUCACUUUGACCCUCUGCCAGCAACCUGUCCAGCAAGGCGCUGCUGAAAAUGUGGGCUCGAACAGAGCUUAUGCCAAAUGGUGAUGAUGGCCGUUUCUGUUGGGAGCUCUCAACAGAAACCGGUUGGUUUUAAGAAAAUAGUUUGAAGAAGUUAAAUUAUAUUCUUUGUAGAUAGUAUUAUUUAUUACUUUGCUCUGAUUGGGUUACUGUUAUAAGCAUUUUAGCCAUAUUCUUUCUAUUAUAACUGUCAGUAGUACAUUAAAAAGAUAUACGUGUUAGACCAUCCAAAGAGCCUUAUUUUGUAAUUCUCACAACACUGACCUUUUGGAAUAUACGAGUCAUACUUUAUAUUUCCCUUAGCUUGCCCCGCUCAGAUUAAGAGCAAGUGGAUAAGUCGUCAUUUAAGUGACAUUCUUCAAGUCAGUUGAAGAUGCUUCUUUUACUUGUUUAUUCAGUUGGCUUGUGGAGAGAAUAAUUUGAAAAGUGAAAGAAUUAUUUUGGUAAAA